AUGAAAUAUGACGGACUGCAUCAAGUCGUGUCGAUAAUCCUAUUUAAUAUUGUUCUCAACCUACCCACGAAUAGAGUUUGCUGGUCGGUGGUGGUCGUCCUCUCACUAAGCUGCUGCAUAGCGGCCAUCGUAAUCGGCCAUCAGAAAUGGAUCGAAAAGCCAAUGAUCGUAAGCUUCUCCGCGAAACCGAUCCCCGUGUGGAAGAUGCCGUUCCCGGCCAUCACCAUCUGUCCGCAGACGAGAAUCGAUGCGGAAAAGUUCAACAUCACCGAGGUGUACCUAAGGGCACGUGCCAAUGCAACACUCUCGUACGACGAAUGGCGCAAGUUGCGUGUGCUGACACACGUCUGUUCCUCGGUAAUGCGCUCCAAGAACGAUUUCUAUGGUACAGGAGAAGGUACCAGCCGGGAUACAUCGGCACCGGAUAAUGAGCAGGUGGUAGAACAGUUGAUCAAUAUGUCCAUACCGUACGAUGAGAUGUUUCAGUCGUGCAUGUGGAGCUUUAACUUUCGGCCGUGUGAGGCGCUCUGGGCACGGAAGGUAACGGAGAAUGGCAUUUGCUAUAGCUUCAAUAUGCUUUCGAGUGCGGAACUGUACACGCAGGAUCAAGAGUUCCGUGAACGGGAAGUAAAUCCUGAUAGCAAGAAACACGGGUUCCAAUCGUUGCAUGCAUCCAAGAUGCGUAGUACGGGAUGGACAAUGGAAAAGGGCUAUACCGUAGGUGAGGAUCUUCUAGCAUAUCCGAGACGUACGGCUAGCGGAGGAUUUAAGGGUGGUGCGAUCGUAUUAAUGAAGACGCAUCAGAAAAAUCGCGAAUAUAUCUGUUCGGUGAGUUGGUACCGGGGUGCUUUACAAGGCUACAAGGUCACAAUCCACCCACCGGAUGAAUUCCCGAGACUGAGCGAACAUCAUAUCCGAGUACCGCCGAUGCAUGCCGUGUCGAUUAUUGUGAAGCCACGUUUACUCACCACCCAAAGCAAUCUUCAUCGAUAUCCUUACACAAAAAGGCAAUGUUUUUUUGCGGACGAACGGAAGUUACGCUUUUUCCGCGUGUACAACGAACAGAACUGUGAGUUCGAAUGUCUCACCAACUACACCUUGGCAGAGUGCGGUUGUGUGACGUUUGCGAUGCCACGGGAUAAUACUACCCGGGUGUGCGGUGUCCACGAAAAGCGUUGCUAUAAAUCAGCUGUGACUCGGCUAAUGGAGCUGGAUGAGUUGACCGUUUACACGGGACAGGAUACGUGUGACUGUUUGCCCGCUUGUACGACGGUGAAGUACGAUGUGGAGCUUUCGAACGAUUGGCUAAAUUUGGAUGCAAUGCUUGCGUCCAUGAUUAAGCGAGAGCGUGGAAUGGAAGGAAUGGAACCAAUGUUACUGUACGUUUACUACAAGGACAACAAGUUCUCCUACAUCGAGCGGGUGGAGUAUAUGAAUUUUAAUGGAGAGUUGGCAAAUUUCGGUGGCAUUCUAGCACUUAUGUCUGGCAUGAGCCUUACAAGUUUGGCAGAAAUAUUGUACUACAUCUUUGUACGGCCUGUUGGACUUUGGGUUAAGGCACAGUACUUGAAGGCCACGGUUAGACCAUCAGUAGCAGAGGUGCAGCUGCAUACUCGUAGCAAUUCUGUGUAUCCCGUACGUCCUUGGAUCCCGUAGAAGACGAUUUUACGAUCAACAUGGUGCGGUGAAGUUGCAAGAAGCAAUAAUCCAUUCUUACCCAGCUAUCCGGAUUCGAUAACGAUCCGAUCGGGUGCGUUUGUGGUAAUGAAUUUUAAUGCAACCAAGCCAAUAUGCACUUACCAGACACACAUUCUCCUUGAGUAGCUUGCUUUUCCGUCUCCCCUCUACGAACACAGUUGUUAACGAUCUCGGCACUGUUCUGGCGCUAAUCCAUUCCGUGUGAUUGAGUUGACGAAUGGCAUUGACAGCAGGGAAUGAAUUUUUCAAUGCAAACGCAUUUAACCGUAUGCUAAUCGAUUGCAAAACUACCGCCUCUUCUGUAGUAAAGCAUGUUGGGCUACAGGCAACUGUUGUCUAGUAAAAGUGAGCGUGAGGCGUGAGAAGAAUUGUGAAACAAAUUCUCUUGACAGAGAAAGCGGCUGCAGGAAGGUUUUGGUAAUGUCUUUUAAAGGUUUGCUCCCUAGCCUUUGUUCGUCUUUAUUCUCACCAUCUGGGAAAUGUGAGUGAAAAUGUUUGCCUCAAAAUUGUUGAUCUGGUUUUCAAAUAAACAAACUACAAAGGAUCAAAUUUGCACGGCUAGGUGUUGAAAAUCCAUGCCAAAAACUUUACCAUACUCGGCACGCUUCGGUACGCGAAACACAAACAAUCGCAAAAGGUUACGCCAAAGGGACGUCUUGUAAUGCGCACACCUGGAUCGGGUUACGAAAAAGUUCCACUGUUCUUGCUGUAUAUACGUCCCCUACGCAAGCAAGAUCCUUGCUCAUACUAUAUAUACCUUUCCACAAAACCCGGAAAACGCGAUGUGUUUGGAAUUGGAAAAUUAUGAAAACAACCCGCACGUGCCAUCUCGAUUUAGGGGACUUUUAACCCACCCCCAAAAACACCCAGGCAUGGUCAGUAAAGUGCCGGGGGGAAGGAAAAAAAACUGGGAAGCAAAAGGAUGAUGCAUUUCAUUUGUUUGAAACAGUCGACCGAAUACGUGUUUUAAUUUAUUUUCCUACCAUAAAUUAGCAUCUUCCUUGCUUGGGGUUGGAAAACCGAUGUUGGACCCCGGGCCGAACGAUCUUUCAGCUCGGAUCGGAGUAAUUUAUUUGCAAGAUGCAUGAUGAAUAUACAGGAGAGAUCGUUUAUGUGGGCUAUUAUUUUAUUUUGGCACGAUAAGCUGAAAGGGUUUUAUUUGUUGAUGGGGUAAACAAAGUUCAAUCGCAAUGGAUAGAAACAGUUCCGUACGGGAGCUUUGUUCUGGAGCAGUGAGUUAAGAUAUACAGGUGAUUAAUUUGAAAUGUUUGUUGGUUUUAUAGUUUUAGCUUGGCGUUUUGGGAAAUUCAAUAGCAUUUUCAGGCCCAUUAACUAUUGUAAGAAAAUGCACAUUAAUUAAAUGACGCUUUAAAGUGCUUAAAAAAGACGAAAGAUGGAAAAGAAUGAAGUUAGUUGAGUAAAAUUGAAAAUCGAAAGGAAACAA